AUGUGGGAACCUCUGCCGGUCAACUCUACAACACCCGCCCAUAUCAACCCGACGUACUACAGCAUGCUCUUUGUUGCCGACAUGGUUGCUGGCCUGUCUCAACCCACCAUUUCUCGAAUCGUGAAGCUCGAUACGUUCGACACGGCACAGUACGCGAUCUUCGAGCGGAAUAGGCUCCAGAAGCUUGUCAUUCUCAACACCCAUUACUACAACGACACUAGCGAAGAACGGCCGUCGAAGUUUGUGAACGUCAGCUCUGUCCUGGGUCCGAACGUCAAGUUUAGACGUCUCACUGCCUCAGAGACUACUGCUAGGACAGGUAUCACGUGGGCCGGGCAAUCGGUGGAUGCCUCAGGAAACGCUGUGGCCAAAUUGAUGACGGAACAUGCGUCCAACGGGCUAGUCGAGUUGCUUGCUUCAGAGGCAGUCAUUGUGGAGAGAAAUGGUAGUAGUUCUUAG